UUGAAGAUCGUAAAACUCAGUACCGUACCCACCGAGGCAGCAACUAGCGCGCUUUUCACCGGCGACGUUACCCGCCAGGCUCCUUUCACGGCCGAUGACAGCAACAACUUCAACUUCGGCGUAGUCAGCUUCAGCGCACAUUCUAGGAACAAGUUUCACAAGCACAGCGGCGACCAGAUCCUGAUCGUCACCGAGGGCACUGGCACCGUGGCCACCGACGACGAGGAAGUCGAGGUCACUGCGGGCGACGUCGUUAUCGUACCGGCCGGCGAGAACCACUGGCACGGUGCCCCAGGCGAUACCGCCAUGGCUCACAUUACCGUUACGGUUAAGGGCAGCCAGACCGAGCAGACCGAGGCGUAA